AUGGCCAUGGACCCGGCCCUGGUCCGGCUCGGGAACAUGACUGCGAACCGAUACAAGUACUUCAGGUGGACGAAGCGGACCGCUGCCCUCUCGUUCAUUUACGUGAUCGCUGUUCCGUCGGUUCUCGGGUAUCUUGGUUACCAUAACGACGGGCUGUGGGAUCUCCGGGGGAAGAGGAAGGGCGACAUCAUCUCUGAGCGCUAA